AUGGCGGUGGCGGCGCAGCAGACCGCGAGCACCGCGCGUACACCUCAGCGGCUGCCGGGGCGCGGGGCCGCGCGGGGGCGUCCGUCGCUGUGCAGGGCCGGCGGGAGGUGGCCGUGCACAGCCGGAGGGCCGCGCGGCGGCGCGGUGGGGCUGGCGGCGAGCGCGAGCAGCCGCGACACGGUUUCGGUGGCCGACCUGUUCUUCGAUGAGGUUCACAUCGACGACCUGGACAGGAUCAACGCGCUCGAACAGGACGGCUACCCCGCAGAUGAGGCGGCGAGCUACGCGAACCUCAAGUUCCGGAUCGAGAACGCGGGCACUCUCUUCAUGGGCGCCGUCAGCUCCGAGGUCCCCAGCAACACCACGGACGAGGGGGCGGGCGACGCGCUCGUGGGGUACGUCUGCGGCACGCUGACGAAGAGCGGCGAGCUGACGCACGAGUCGAUGUCCAAGCACGAGCCCGGCGGGCAGACGCUGUGCAUCCACAGCGUGUGCGUGGAGGCGCACCUGCGGCGGCGCGGCAUCGCCACGCGCAUGCUGCGAGUGUAUCCCUCGUUCGUCAAGGCCUCGCAGCCGCAGGUGCGCCACCUGCGGCUGAUCUGCAAGGAGGACCUCAUCGGGCUGUACGAGGGCGCGGGGUUCCGGGUGAUCGGGCCGUCGCCCGUCGUGCACGGGCAGGACCCGUGGACGGAGAUGGGGCUGGAGAUGGACGACGCGGACGCCGAGCUGCGCCGGGGGGAGGUGCUCGGCCGGAAGCGGCGCACGUGGUACUUCUGA